AUGGCCCCCAUGUUCGGCGUUUCAUUCGAUUUCGACCCGGAUUUUUCGCUUUUGUCGAACAAAACUCACAAGAGCAGGAACCCAAAGCCGCCGGUCAAGCUUCUUCCCUACCGCCACGGGAGCAACACCACCUCCUCCGACUCUGACAGCUACACCUUCGGAUCUGGAUCUUCCGACGAUGAGACUGCACCACCAGUGGCUCCGAUCACCAUCUCGCUCCAAGAUGUGCUGCUCAACGGGCAGCUCAUCGAUUUCGCAAUCGAUCCAUCGGGCGUAAAGUUCUUGGAGGCCAACUACCCACUGGAUUCCGAAGAUCAGAUUCGUAAAGCCGUCUUCGAGAAGCUCACCGAAUCCACGACGCUCUUCGUGGGCUCUGCCACAGUCGAAAUGGCAAUUUCAUCGUUCAGAAGCUCGUCGAGCUCGCAACACCGGCCGAGCAGCGGGAAUUGCUUCGUCAAAUGAUCGACGGAGGGCUUUUGGCCAUCUGCAAGGAUAAACUCGCAUGUCGAGUUGUGCAGUUGGCUCUACAGGUUGGAAGCCGCAUUUUCACGCAAUAACUCUAUGAUUUCGGAUUACAAAAUUGACUCGUUGAGUGUUACUGUUGACGGAAUGACGUCACAAGCGUACAUCGAUUCGAUUUCCACGCAAACUUCAUCAUAUUCCUUAUCAUCGAUGAUUGUAAUUAUCACUUUCGCAUUGGUCAUCAUUUUCGGAUUGGCGAUCUUCAUUAUCAUGAUCACCACAAAACGGCGACGUCAAUCGACGAUGAAGCUGAGCAUGGACGACACGAUCCGUAGCAACACACCGGAAUCCGACGACACUCCGCAUAACGUGCAUUUAAUGUCAUACGGAACAACGCCUAGGCCAUCUCAAAAGCAGCCGGGACCAAUCACAAAAACACAAAUCGACGAGACGAGCUCACCUAUGUAUUGA